AUGGGCAAUAAUUUUGUAUGGCAGGCUCUUAUCAAAGAACAGCUUCCGGAGACUCAUGGGUUAUGUGAAUAUGCUAUCUAUGUCCAAGCUUUGAUAUUUCGCCUGGAAGGAAAUAUCCAAGAAUCCCUAAGACUCUUUCAGAUGUGUGCUUUUCUCAGCCCUCAGUGUGCUGAUAACCUCAAGCAGGUGGCCAGAUCUUUAUUUCUUUUGGGAAAACAUAAAGUUGCCAUUGAAAUAUAUAAUGAAGCAGCUAAACUUAAUCAGAAAGACUGGGAAAUCUGUCAUAACCUAGGAGUUUGCUACAUUUAUCUGAAACAGUUUGACAAGGCACAAGACCAGUUGCACAAUGCCCUACAUCUUAACAGACAUGAUCUGACUUACAUAAUGCUGGGCAAGAUCUUCUUGCUGAAGGGAGACUUGGACAAGGCCAUUGAAAUCUACAAGAAAGCAGUGGAGUUCUCACCAGAAAAUACAGAACUUCUUACAGCUUUAGGAUUACUCUACCUACAGCUCGGCAUUUACCAGAAGGCAUUUGAACAUCUUGGAAACACACUGACUUACGACCCUACCAACUACAAGGCCAUCUUGGCAGCAGGCAGCAUGAUGCAGACCCACGGGGACUUUGAUGUUGCCCUCACCAAAUACAAAGUUGUAGCGUGUGCUGUUAUAGAAAGCCCUCCACUCUGGAAUAACAUCGGAAUGUGCUUCUUUGGCAAGAAGAAAUAUGUGGCAGCCAUCAGCUGCCUGAAACGAGCCAACUACCUGGCACCUUUAGACUGGAAGAUUCUCUAUAAUCUGGGCCUUGUCCACUUGACUAUGCAGAAGUACGCGUCCGCUUUCCAUUUCCUCAGUGCAGCCAUCAACUUCCAGCCCAAGAUGGGGGAGCUCUACAUGCUCUUGGCUGUGGCUCUGACCAAUCUGGAGGAUACAGAGAAUGCCAAGAGAGCCUAUGAUGAAGCAGUCCGCCUUGAUAAGUGUAACCCUUUAGUAAACCUGAACUAUGCUGUGCUGCUGUAUAACCAGGGCAAGAGGAGGGACGCCCUGGCCCAGUAUCAGGAGGUGGAGAAGAAAGUCAACCUACUCAAGCAGAGUAGCUCUCUGGAAUUUGAUCCGGAGAUGGUGGAGGUAGCCCAGAAGCUGGGAGCUGCUCUACAAGUCGGGGAGGCACUGGUCUGGACCAAACCAGUUAAAGAUCCCAAAUCAAAGCACCAGACUGCUUCAACCAGUAAAGCCGCCUGUUUCCAGAAGCCUCUGGGCUCUAAUCAAGCCCUAGGACAGGCAAUGUCUUCAGCAGCCACAUGCAGGAAGCUCUCCUCAGGUGUUGGAGGAACAUCCCAGCUCACAAAGCCACCAUCCCUUCCUCUGGAGCCAGAGCCCACUGUGGAAGCACAACCUACAGAAGCAUCAGCACAAACCAGAGAAAAGUAGGUGUAGGAUGACCCCAGAGCUGGGCUUGCUUUGGCGAGGACCCACCAGAUUAGGUAGGUCUCAUGACACAGGCAGCACGGAGACCGGCACGUACGAGAACGUGUUAUGAUCACCAGGAGCCGGAAGCCUUCACAGCCCCUGGCUGCCCCAUGAGCUAGGAGAGGACUUAUCUCCUGCUGACUGAGCCCUUUGUGGAAGAAAAGUCUGAGACAGACCUCUGCUGUCAUGACAAAGUCUUGGCUUAGCUGAGGUGAUUCUUGGGCUGUGUGAUAGGUAUAUUGGCCACCAAGGCAAACACAAAUCUUGAAUUAAUAAUCCAGUUCUAAUAGUAGAAAUUCAGAAGAUGAAAAAAAAAAAAAGCUCUUUAAAUUGUGGCCCAGUCUAUUGAGUAUCUCAGCUGCACUUGCCCAGAAGAAUCCAGAAGAAGUCCCUAUAGCUUGUUCUUGAGCGAGGUCAGAGUGCAGAGCCAGAUCAUGUCAAUAUGAAAAGGGAGAAAGGGCUGGUCUGGUAUCAGCACCAAGGAUUGGGGGAAAAAAAGAGCUUCUUAACUGAGGAGGUUUUAGACAUUCAGUGAUACCACUGACCAGAUGCUAGCAAUACAUUAUGUAUCAUCCCUUUGGGAAAAGUUGUUAUUAAUGUGUAAGGGAUCACAAUAAAAUGUUUCUGGAA